AUGGGUACGGAGUUCGGGUCGGUAAGCUUCUUGGGAAAGCGCCUUCUGUUCUCCGGCGAUGCCCUGCAGGAGCGCAUCGAGGAGGUGUUUGCGCAGGUGUCGCCAGAUGACUUGUCGACGCUGCGGGCCAAGGUCUCGGACCCUCAAGAUGCAGAUCAUGCUGCCGCGCAGCGUGUAGGAGCCGCCAUCCAGGUGGCCAUGGAGAAGAGGUUGGCAUCGGCAAAGGUGGUGUUAGAAGAAAUGAUCAACAAUGCGGAUGGAGAUGUGAAUGUCCUUAUCCGCAAGACGCUCAGGAAGGUCGAGAGCCCGUUGCCGCUUCUCAUGGUGCUGCAGCUCAAUAUUGCAGAGGCCCAGCAGCAGGGUGACGGCGACAAACUUCGUGUGAUGAUGCACAUCAGCACCGUCAUGCAGGAGGAGCUGGAGAAGAAGGCUUCCAGGGUCAAGGCCAUGCUCAACAAGCUCCUUAGGAUCGAAGACGAGAACAUCCGGAACAACAUCCUAAGGGAUCAGCUUACGCCGGUGGAGGUUGCAGGCGCCCCAGACCUGGAUGGCAGCGGCGGACAGCUCAUGGCCGCGCAGGUGCCGUGGGAGCGGCUUGCUCCUGCCAUCGAGAGCCUGGUGAAGGAUGUGGACCGCCAGAUGGUGGCAGUUCUAGGUCCAGACGACAAUGCGCGUUACGAGACCAUGGACCGCAUACGAGAGGUCGCGAAGCAGGCCCGACUGAUUAUUGGCGAUGUCUACGGCCAGGGUCCCAUGGAUCAGUUCAGUGCCGACCUCACGCCUGCUUUCCACACCUUGAUGACCUACAAGGCCCGUGGCCGCCGGAGCCCCGAGGGCGAGGAAGGGGCGGAGGAAGCGGCGGAGGAAGGCGCUGGCCAGGAAGCCCCGGAGUCGUGA